AUGCCUCCCAGGAAGCAGUGGGACGACGAGGAGUCGGACUCUAGCAGUGCCCCCUCCACCCCACCUCUCCCCGCCACCCGCCGCGCGAAUAAAUUCGACGACGAGGAGGCCGAAGACAGCGAUGUCCUUGACGACUGGGAUGCCGCCGAAGACUCCGAAGUCGAGCGUGAGAAGGAAAAGAAGGCUGCCGAAGCAAAGGCCAAGGCCGAGGCCGAGGCUGCUGCCAACAAAAAGUCCAAGGCCCAGCGAAUCGCCGAACUCAAGGCUCAGCGUGCCGCCGCUCUCGCCCAGGCUGACGAGUUCGACGACGAGACCGAGGCCGAGCGCCGAGCGCGUCUUCGACGUACCGAGAAAGAAUCUGAUUUGAAGCACGCCGAGGAUCUGUUCGGCGAUAUCGGUGUUCCCGCUGGCCGUACCGCGACCAACGCUGGCGCUGCUGUCGUCAUCGACAGCAAGGACCCUAACAACACCGUCAACCUGAACACCCUGCCUCUCUUCAACCCCACCACCAAAGCCCAGUUCGAGACUCUACGCAACACUCUCGUUCCUCUGAUCGGUCAUCACGCCAAGAAGCCUCACUACACCAUGUUCCUCCAGGAGUUUGCCAAGCAGCUCGCCAAGGAACUCCCCAGCGACCAGGUGAAGAAGAUUGCCAGCACCCUUACUGCUCUCAGCAACGAGAAGCUCAGGGAGGAGAAGGCGGCUGAGAAGGGCGGAAAGAAGAGCAAGGCCCAGAAGACCAAGACUUCUCUUGUGGCCAACCGCCCGAACGAAGUCUUUGCGACUUACGAUGAUGAUUUCGGAGAGUAA